CAACUACCACUCUUAAUUUCAAAAUUUCGGUUAUUUAACUUCACCCCAAAAGCAAUCUUUUCUGCUUAAUCCUCUGCAUGACGUGACCCUAGUUAAUACUCUGGGUGUCUCCACGUCUCCUAUAUAAUAAAGUGCCGUAGAUGCUUGUGGUUACAGUCAAACCAUCCAUGGCUGAGAGCAGUGAACUCAUCAAGCUUAUAGGAGCAUGGGCAAGCCCAUAUGUUAUGAGGGCAAGAAUAGCUCUUAACCUCAAAUCUCUUGAUUAUGAGUUUCUUCAGGAAACUUUUGGAUCAAAAAGCCAACUUCUUCUUCAAUCUAAUCCUGUCUACAAGAAAAUCCCAGUUCUCAUUCAUAAUGACAAACCCAUUUGUGAGUCCCUUAUUAUCGUUGAGUACAUUGAUGAGGUCUGGUCUUCUGGUCCUCCUAUUCUUCCCUCUCUUCCAUAUGAUCGUGCCAUUGCAAGAUUUUGGGCUGCAUACCUAGACGAUAAGUGGUUCCCAAAUUUGAGAAUGCUUAGGGCUGCUGCAGGAGAGGCAAGAAACGAGGCUACAAGGCAACUUGCAGAAGGGCUUCUACUGCUAGAGGAUGCAUUUGUCAAGUGCAGCAAAGGAAAGGCUUUGUUUGGAGGAGAUGAAAUAGGAUACCUUGACAUAGCAUUUGGUUCGUUUUUGGGUUGGUUGAGAGCAACAGAAAAAAUGAAUGAAGUGAAGCUGCUUGAUGAAGCAAAGACACCUGGUCUUGCUAAAUGGGCAGAGAGCUUCUCUUCUCAUGCUGCUGUGAAAGGUCUUAUUCCAGACACUGAUAAGCUUAUUGAGUUUGCAAAAAUGAUUGCAGCCAAAAUGAGAUCUUAGUUAAAGAAAUUUGAGGUAACAAAUAAAUAAAUAGUUAAGUAGAAACCCUAUGUCUUUCCCCUUUCUUUUGUUGUCCAAGCAUAAGCUUCUUGUUCUCAGUUUGAUACCAACUGUAUGCUCUUGGUGAAUAUUCUGAUUCCCGCUCUGUUGUUUUCUUUUCACUUCUCUGUAAUUCAUUCUGUGUUUCUUUUGCGCUUGGACUUGUCAUUUUUACAGUUUAGUUUUUGUUUGUCGGUUCACAAAAACUUGUAAUCGUAAAGCUUCUUCCUUUGCAUUCGGACUGUUAUUUUAAUAA